AUGUACGCCGCCUCGUCUGGAUCUGCAACGGUGACUCUCAGUGUCCCACCGUUCACCUCCAAGGAGCUCCACGAGCGGUUAGGUGAUGUGCUUAAUGAAAGCACUAUGGUGACAGUCUACUCCCUCAAGGACUUUCCGGACCUCGCUGUGCAGGAGAUCCUCAUCGACGGCCUGGACAAGGAUGACGUGGACACCAUCAAACUAGAGCUGGCCACCCUUCCCGAGCUCUCCCACCCAGGAGUCCUCAAGCACCAUCAAGUGGUCGAGGACGAAGGCCUCAUCUACGUCGUCACGGACCGGCACGACAGUACCCUCGAGCACCUCCUCGCCGAGCACAAACAAAGGAAGAUCCCCAUCCCUAUCGCUACGAUCCUCUCCGUCAUGAAACAGCUCGCUGCCGCCCUCGCCUACCUCCACAGCGUCAAUGGAGCAAACACUAGAGGCCUCGUCCACUGUGAUCUCAGGCCUGCCAAUGUCCUUAUCAGCGCAGACGGAGAGCGCUUCGUCAUCGCCGACUUCGGCCUCUGCAGGAACACAUUGUGGAGUGGGAGCACUCUCAUAGGAAUAAUGGCAUACGUUGCCCCCGAGGUGCUCCUCCACAACGAGGCCAGCCCCGCCUCCGACGUGUGGAGCCUCGAGGUCAUCGUCUACGAGCUUACUACUUUGAAGAGGCCGGACUUCCUGAAAGGUAAAGACCCAAAAGACGUCUUCAUCGACGGGUGGAGGCCCGAUCUGAGCGGUGUCACUGAUGGCUUCAUAAAGAGUGUUCUGGAGAGGAUAUUCGUGCUGGAGCCAGAGGAAAGACUGACAGCCAGGGAGCUGCACGAGACGCUCACCACAGCAGACAUCCCAGUUAGUGAGUUGGGAGGUCAGUGCGUGAUGCUGAAGUAUAAGUGCGGAUCCUUGGAGGCUGCGCUGAAUGGCGCUAACGCCAGGAUCGCGCUGCUGGAAGAGGAUGUUAAGACUAAAUCUACUAAGAUCGACGCGCUUGAAGACCAAAGUAAGGAACAUCUAGCUAUGAUUAAAGCACUGGAGAAUAGGCUUGCACAGUUCGGUGACAGGAUGAACACGGCUGACCCUCAGUCCAGCCUCUUUUUGCUGCCCAGGCUGAUGCGUGCUGCACACAAAUAG